AUGGCGUUCGCCGAGCUCCUGGACCGAGCGGGGGGCGUGGGCCUCUUCCAGGCCCUGCAGGUUUUCACUCUCUUCCUUCCCUCCGUCUUGGUGCCCUCCCACAUGCUCAUUGAGAACUUCUCGGCCGCCGUGCCCAGCCACCGCUGCUGGGUGCCCCUCCUGGACAACAGCACCGCCCAGGCCGGUGUCCCCGGGGCCCUGGGCCCCAAGGACCUCCUGACCGUCUCCAUCCCCCCGGGCCCCAACCACGAGCCCCACCAGUGUCGCCGCUUCCGCCAACCCCAGUGGCAGCUCCUGGACCCCAACGGCACGGCCACCAACUGGAGCGAGGCCGCCACGGAGCCGUGCGUGGACGGCUGGGUCUACGACCGCAGCACCUUCACGUCCACCUUCGUGUCAGAGUGGGACCUAGUGUGUGACCACAAGGGCCUGAAGCCCAUCGGCCAAUCCCUCUACAUGACCGGGUUGCUGAUAGGGUCCUUCUGCUGGGGCCUCCUCUCCAACCACUUUGGGCGGAAGUGGAUACUGAACUUGUGCUGCCUACAAGUGGCCUUGGCCAACAUCGGCAUGAUCUUCGUUUCCCAUUUCUUCAUCUACUGUGGCCUCCGGGUUCUGGGCGCCUUUGCAAUCUCCGGCAUCAUCCUGACCUCGGGGAUGCUUCUGGUGGAGUGGACCACGACCCGCAGGAGGGCCGUCACCAUGACAAUCCUGGGAUGCAUCUAUAGCCUGGGCCAGAUGGCCCUGGGGGCCCUGGCCUUCACCCUGCGGGACUGGCGCGCCCUCCAGCUGGCCGUGUCGACGCCCUUCUUUGCCAUCUUCCUGAUAUGCUGGUGGCUUCCAGAGUCUGCCCGAUGGCUGAUUAUCACGGGCAAACCAGAACAAGGGCUGCAGGAGCUCCACAAGGUGGCCAAGAUAAAUGGCCACAAGGAAGCCACAAAGUCACUAACCAUAGAGGUACUGAUGACCAGCAUGGAGGAAGAGAUGACCUCUGCGAAGGGCCGCAGGUCGGUGCUGGAACUGUUUCUCGUGCCCAUGCUCCGCUGGCGGACCUGCAUCAUGUCCCUGGUGUGCUUCUCCCAAGUGACAUCCUACUACGGGCUGGUCCUUGACCUGCAAAACCUGGGGAAUGACAUCUUCCUCCUCCAGGUUCUCUUUGGAGGCGUGGACCUACUGGCCCGGUCCAUCACCGCCUUCUUGCUCAGUUUCUUGGGCCGCCGCACAACCUUGGCCAGCUUCCAGGCUAUGUCUGGCCUCUCCAUACUGGUCAACAAACUGGUCCCACAAGAUUGGCAGACCCUGCGCAUGGUCUUUGCUGUGCUGGGAAAGGGAUGUUUUGGCGUCGUCUUUUCCUGUGUCUCUGUCUACAAGUCUGAACUCUACCCGACUGCACUGCGGAUGACAGCAGAUGGCUUCCUGCAGUCGGUAAGUCGUCUGGGGUCUGUGAUAGACCCCCUGAUCAGGAUGACUCAGCACAGCCUGCCCCUGCUGGUCCCCGUGGUCUACAGCGCUCUCCCCAUCACCUCCAGCCUCCUUCUCCUGCUCUUCCUCCCGGAGACCCAGGGAUUUCCACUUCCCGACACCAUCCAGGACCUGGAGAACCAGAAAUCGGCAGCGGCCACGGGCAACCGGCGAGAGGUGGUCGUUACAGAAAGUACCUCGUUCUAGAAAUUCUGCCUGCGUGGAGCCCCUUUGGCCAAAGAUCCCCACGGAGGGAAGCGCCUCCUCUCCAACUGAGGGUGGAAGAAAUCGGAAGAACCUUGAGAGUUAGGCGGGGCCGGGGCUGGGCGGCUGGGCGCUGAGGCCAAAGGCUGCUUUCUCCCCUCACUUCUGUUCUCCCCCCACCUCAGCCCUGAAGAGCCGAGUCCGGCUGGCUAAUCGAGUCCACACCACUAACAAGAGGGGUCCUUUCUCCUCCCCGCUAGGCUCCCGUCUCCACACCUUCACUCAGAACUCCUGACACUUCACUGACCCGGGCGCCACAGUUUUCUCACCUCCAGGCUACCAGAGUGGAUCACAGGGCAGAAAGGGAAGGGUCUAGACAGACCUAGGUUCCAAUCUCUUCCCCAUCCUCUGCAGAGUCCUCAUCUGUAGAAUGGAAACAAUCAUGAAACCUUCCUCCACGGGGCAGGCGGUGGUGGGGACAGGGUGAACAGAUCUUAGCACGGCUGAGAGUCCGACAAAUAACACCUGCUAACGGGGCUGCCGGGUACAGGUGUUCAGGUUGUGCACUGCCCAAAGCACC